GGGGCAUAUAAGGCCCCGACCCCUGUGCCCGGGCGCAACCUACACCGCCCCUUCCAGCCACCAUGGGGCUGCCACUAGCCCGCCUGGCAGCCGUCUGCCUGGCCCUGUCUUUGGCCAGGGGCUCAGAGCUCCAGACAGAGGGCAGAACCCGAGACCACGGCCACAACGUCUGCAGCGCUUGGGGCGACUUCCACUACAAGACCUUCGACGGCGACGUCUUCCGCUUCCCCGGCCUCUGUGACUACAACUUUGCCUCCGACUGCAGAGGCUCCUACAAGGAAUUCGCCGUGCACCUGAAGCGGGGUCUGGACCAGGCCGGGGCGACCCCCCAGGUGGAGUCCAUCCUGCUGACCAUCAAGGACGACACCAUCUACCUCACCCGCCACCUGGCUGUGCUGAACGGGGCCGUGGUCAGCACCCCGCACUACAGCCCUGGGCUGCUCAUCGAGAAGAGUGACGCCUACACCAAGGUGUACUCCCGAGCUGGCCUCGCCCUCCUGUGGAACCGCGAGGAUGCGAUCAUGCUGGAGCUGGACAGUAAGUUCCGGAACCGCACCUGUGGCCUCUGCGGGGACUACAACGGCCUGCAGAGCUAUUCCGAAUUCCUCUCUGACGGCGUGCUCUUCAGUGCCCUGGAGUUCGGGAACAUGCAGAAGAUCAACCAGCCUGACGUGGAGUGCAAGGACCCCGAGGAGGAGCCGGCCGCAGCGUCCUGCGCCGAGCACCGCGCCGAGUGUGAGCGGCUGCUGACCGCCGAGGCCUUCGCCGACUGCCCGGACCGGGUGCCGCUGGAGCCGUACCUGCAAGCCUGCCAGCAGGACCGCUGCCGCUGCUCCGGCGGGGACACCUGCGUCUGCAGCACCGUGGCCGAGUUCUCCCGCCAGUGCUCCCACGCCGGCGGCCGGCCCAGGAACUGGAGGACCGCCUCGCUCUGCCCCAAGACCUGCCCCGGGAACAUGGUGUACCUGGAGAGUGGCUCGCCCUGCAUGGACACCUGCUCACACCUGCAAGUGAGCAGCCUGUGCGAGGAGCACCGCAUGGACGGCUGUUUCUGCCCGGAAGGCACCGUGUAUGAUGACAUCGCGGGUGGCGGCUGUGUUCCCGUGAGCCAGUGCCACUGCAGGCUGCACGGACGCCUGUACACACCAGGCCAGGGAAUCACCAGUGACUGCGAGCAGUGCAUCUGCAACGAUGGCCGCUGGGUGUGCAAAGACCUGCCCUGCCCCGGCACCUGCACCCUGGAAGGCGGGUCCCACAUCACCACCUUCGAUGGGAAGAAGUUCACCUUCCAUGGGGACUGCUACUACGUUCUGGCCAAGGGUGACAAUGAUUCCUACGCUCUCCUGGGCGAGCUGGCCCCCUGCGGCUCCACGGACAAGCAGACCUGCCUGAAGACGGUGGUGCUGCUGGCCGACAGGAAGAAGAAUGUGGUGGUCUUCAAGUCCGACGGCAGCGUGCUGCUCAAUGAGCUGCAGGUGAACCUGCCCCACGUGACUGCGAGCUUCUCCAUCUUCCGCCCAUCUUCCUACCACAUCGUCGUGAGCGUGGCCGUCGGCCUCCGGCUGCAGGUGCAGCUGGCCCCGGUCAUGCAACUCUUCCUGACGCUGGACCAGGCCGCCCAGGGGCAGGUGCAGGGGCUCUGCGGGAACUUCAAUGGCCUGGAAGGUGACGAUUUCAAGACCGCCAGUGGGCUGGUGGAGGCCACGGGAACCGGCUUCGCCAACAGCUGGAAGGCACAGUCCAGCUGCCAGGACAAGCUGGACUGGCUGGACGACCCCUGCUCCCUGAACAUCGAGAGUGCCAACUACGCUGAGCACUGGUGUUCCCUCCUCAAGAAGACAGAGACCCCCUUCGGCAGGUGCCACUCGGCCGUGGACCCCGCUGAGUAUUACAAGAGGUGCAAAUAUGACACAUGCAACUGUCAGAACAACGAGGACUGCCUGUGCGCCGCCCUGUCCUCCUACGCGCGCGCCUGCGCCGCCAAGGGCGUCAUGCUGUGGGGCUGGCGGGAGCGCGUCUGCAACAAGGAUGUGGGCUCCUGCCCCAGCUCACAGGUGUUCCUUUACAAUCUGACCACCUGCCAGAAGACCUGCCGCUCCCUCUCCGAGGCCGACAGCCACUGUCUCGAGGGCUUCGCACCUGUGGACGGCUGUGGCUGCCCUGACCACACCUUCCUGGACGAGAAGGGCCGCUGCGUGCCGCUGGCCAAGUGCUCCUGCUACCACCGAGGCCUGUACCUGGAGGCGGGGGACGUGGUCGUCAGGCAGGAGGAACGAUGCGUCUGCCAGAAUGGGAAGCUGCACUGUAUGCAGAUCCGGCUGCUUGGCCAGAGCUGCUCAGCCCCAAAAAUCCACAUGGACUGCAAUAACCUGACCGCAUUGGCCACCUUGAAGCCCCGAGCCCUCAGCUGUCAGACUUUGGCUGCUGGCUAUUACCACACAGAGUGUGUCAGUGGCUGUGUGUGCCCCGAUGGGCUGAUGGACGAUGGCCGGGGGGGCUGCGUGGUGGAGGAGGAGUGCCCCUGUGUCCACAACAAGGACCUGUACUCCCCCGGGGACAAGAUCAAGGUGGACUGUAACACCUGCACCUGCCAGAAAGGACGCUGGGCGUGCUCCCAGGCCGUGUGCCACGGCACCUGUUCCAUUUAUGGGAGUGGCCACUACGUCACCUUUGAUGGGAAGUACUAUGACUUCGACGGACACUGCUCCUACGUGGCUGUUCAGGACUACUGCGGCCAGAACUCCUCACUGGGUUCAUUCAGCAUCAUCACCGAGAACGUCCCCUGUGGCACCACGGGAGUCACCUGCUCCAAGGCCAUCAAAAUCUUCAUGGGGAGGACAGAGCUGAAGUUGGAAGACAAGCAUCGAGUGGUGAUCCAGCGGGAUGAGGGUCGCCACGUGGCCUACACCACGCGGGAGGUGGGCCAGUACCUGGUGGUGGAGUCCAGCACGGGCAUCAUCGUCAUCUGGGACAAGAGGACCACCGUGUUCAUCAAGCUGGCUCCCUCCUACAAGGGCACCGUGUGUGGCCUGUGUGGGAACUUCGAUGACCGCUCCAGCAACGACUUCACCACGCGGGACCACAUGGUGGUGAGCAGUGAGCUGGACUUUGGGAACAGCUGGAAGGAGGCCCCCACCUGCCCGGACGUGAGCGCCAACCCCGAGCCCUGCAGCCUGAACCCGCACCGCCGCUCCUGGGCGGAGAAGCAGUGCAGCAUCCUCAAAAGCAGCGUGUUCAGCAUCUGUCACAGCAAGGUGGACCCCACACCCUUCUACGAGGCCUGCGUGCAUGACUCAUGCUCCUGUGACACGGGUGGGGACUGUGAGUGCUUCUGCUCUGCUGUGGCCUCCUAUGCCCAGGAGUGUACCAAAGCAGAGGCCUGCGUGUUCUGGAGGACGCCGGACCUGUGCCCCGUAUUCUGUGACUACUACAACCCUCCGCAUGAGUGUGAGUGGCACUAUGAGCCGUGUGGGAACCGGAGCUUCGAGACCUGCAGGACCAUCAAUGGCAUUCACUCCAACAUCUCCGUGUCCUACCUGGAGGGCUGCUACCCCCGGUGCCCCAAGGACAGGCCCAUCUAUGACGAGGACCUGAAGAAGUGUGUCAGUGCAGACAAGUGUGGCUGCUACAUUGAGGACACCCACUACCCACCUGGAGCGUCGGUUCCCACAGAGGAGAUCUGCAAGUCCUGUGUGUGCACCAACUCCUCCCAAGUUGUCUGCAGGCCGGAGGAAGGAAAGAUUCUCAAUGAGACCCAGGAUGGCGCCUUCUGCUACUGGGAGAUCUGUGGCCCCAAUGGGACAGUGGAGAAGCACUUCAAUAUCUGUGUGUCCACUACACCACGCCCGUCCACGCUGACCACCUUCACCACGGUCACCCUCCCCACCACCCCCACCACCUUCACCACCACCAGCACCACCCAGACCCCCAGCACAGUGUCCCCGGCAACUCCGGAGCCGUGCUGCUCCUGGUCUGAGUGGAUCAAUGAGAACCACCCCAGCAGCGGCAGCGAUGGCGGUGACCGAGAGACGUUUGAUGGGGUCUGCAGCGCCCCUGAGGACAUCGAGUGCAGGUCUGUCAAUGAGCCACACCUCAGCUUGGAGGAGCUGGGCCAGAAGGUGCAGUGCGACCUCUCCGUUGGGUUCAUUUGCAAGAAUGAAGACCAGUUUGGAAAUGGACCAUUUGGACUGUGUUACGACUACAAGAUACGUGUCAAUUGUUGCAAGCCCAUACCUGGCUGCAUCACCUCUCCACCAACCGCCACUCCACCAACCACCACGGCCACUGCUCCACCAACCGCCACUCCACCAACCACCACGACGACUGCUCCACCAACCACCACUCCACCAACCACCACGACGACUGCUCCACCAACCGCCACUCCACCAACCACCACGACCACUGCUCCACCAACCGCCACUCCACCAACCACCACGGCCACUGCUCCACCAACCGCCACUCCACCAACCACCACGACCACUGCUUCACCAACCACCACUCCACCAACCACCACGACCACUGCUCCACCAACCACCACUCCACCAACCACCACGACGACUGCUCCACCAACCGCCACUCCACCAACCACCAGGACGACUGCUCCACCAACCGCCACUCCACCAACCACCACUCCACCAACCACCACGACGACUGCUCCACCAACUGCCACUCCACCAACCACCACGACGACUGCUCCACCAACCACCACUCCACCAACCACCACGACGACUGCUCCACCAACCACCACUCCACCAACCACCACGACCACUGCUCCACCAACCACCACUCCACCAACCACCACGACCACUGCUCCACCAACCUCCACUCCAACCACCACGACGACUGCUCCACCAACCGCCACUCCAACCACCACGACGACUGCUCCACCAACCGCCACUCCACCAACCACCAGGACGACUGCUCCACCAACCACCACGACUGCUCCACCAACCGCCACUCCACCAACCACGACGACCACUGCUCCACCAACCGCCACUCCACCAACCGCCACGACCACUGCUCCACCAACCGCCACUCCACCAACCACCACGACCACUGCUCCACCAACCGCCACUCCACCAACCACCACUCCACCAACCACCACUCCACCAACUGCCACUCCACCAACCGCCACUCCACCAACCACCACGACCACUGCUCCACCAACCGCCACUCCACCAACCACCACUCCACCAACCGCCACUCCACCAACCACCACGACCACUGCUCCACCAACCGCCACUCCACUAACCACCACUCCACCAACCACCACUCCACCAACCACCACUCCACCAACCGCCACUCCACCAACCAUCACUCCCAGCCCUCCAACCCCCAGCCCUCCACCAACCACCACAACCAACCCUCCUAGCCCCCCAUCAACCACCAUAACCACCACUCCCAGCCCUCCAACAAUGACCAUGACCACCACGCCACCAACUACCACUCCUAGCUCUCCAUCAACCACCACAACCACCCCACCACCAACCACCACAACCAUCACUCCCAGCCCUCCAUCAACCACAACCACCACUCACAGCCCUCCAACCCCCAGCCCUCCAUCAACCACCAUGACCACUGCUCCACCAACCACCACUCCCAGCCCUUCAACCCCUAGCCCUCCAUCAACCACCACAACCACCCCACCACCAACCACCACAACCAUCACUCCCAGCCCUCCAUCAACCACAACCACCACUCACAGCCCUCCAACCCCCAGCCCUCCAUCAACCACCAUGACCACUGCUCCACCAACCACCACUCCCAGCCCUCCACCUGUACCACCGUCAACAACCCCGUGUGUGCCUGUCUGCCAUUGGACUGGCUGGCUGGAUUCGGGAAAACCUAACUUUACCAUACAAGGUGGGGAUAAGGAAUUGAUUGGAGACACCUGUGGAGGAGGCUGGGCAGCUAACAUCUCCUGCAGAGCCACCAUGUAUCCUGAUGUUCCCAUUGGACAGCUUGGACAAACAGUGCUGUGUAAUGUCUCUGUGGGACUGGUGUGCAAAAAUGAAGACCAAAAGCCAGGUGGGAACAUCCCUAUGCCCUUCUGCCUCAACUACGAGAUCAACAUUCAGUGCUGUGAGUGUGGCCCCACUAGCCCUCCACCAACCAGCACUCCCAGCACUCCAUCAAACACCAUGACCACCGCUCCACCAACCACCACGACCACCACUCCUACCCCUCCAUCCACCACCACAGCCACCACUCCACCGACGACCACUUCCAGCUCUCCAACCCUCAGCCCUCCAUCCACCACCACAACCACCACUCCACCAACCACCACUUCCAGCUCUCCAACCACCAGCCCUCCAUCAACCACCACGACCACCACUCCUACCCCUCCAUCCACCACCACAGUCACCACUCCACCAACCACCAUGACCACCACUCCUACCCCUCCAUCAACCACCACAGCCACCUCUCCACCAACCACCACUUCCAGUUCUCCAACCACCAGCCCUCCAUCAUCCACCACAACCACCACUCCAAUAACCACAACCAACACCACCACUCUUAGUCCUCCAACCCCUACCCCUCCAUCCACCACCACAGUCACCACUCCACCAACCACCAUGACCACCACUCCUACCCCUCCAUCAACCACCACAGCCACCGCUCCACCAACCACCACUUCCAGCUCUCAAACCACCAGCCCUCCAUCCACCACCACAACCACCACUCCAAUAACCACAACCACCACCACCACUCUUAGUCCUCCAACCCCUAGCCCUCCAUCCACCACCACAGCCACCGCUCCACCAACCACCACGACCACCACUCCUACCCCUCCAUCCACCACCACAACCACCACUCCACCAACCACCACUUCCAGCUCUCCAACGCCCAGCCCUCCAUCAACCACCACAGCCACCACUCCACCAACCACCACUUCCAGCUCUCCAACCCCCAGCCCUCCAUCCACCACCACAGCCACCACUCCACCAACCACCACUUCCAGCUCUCCAACCACCAGCCCUCCAUCCACCACCACAACCAACACUCCACCAACCACCACUUCCAGCUCUCCAACCACCAGCCCUCCAUCCACCACCACAACCACCACUCCACCAACCACCACUUCCAGCUCUCCAACCACCAGCCCUCCAUCAUCCACCACAACCACCACUCCACUAACCACAACCACCACCACCACUCUUAGUCCUCCAACCCCUAGCCCUCCAUCAACCACCACAGCCACCACUCCACCAACCACCACUUCCAGCUCUCCAACCACCAGCCCUCCAUCCACCACCACAACCAACACUCCACCAACCACCACUUCCAGCUCUCCAACCACCAGCCCUCCAUCCACCACCACAACCACCACUCCACCAACCACCACUUCCAGCUCUCCAACCACCAGCCCUCCAUCAUCCACCACAACCACCACUCCACUAACCACAACCACCACCACCACUCUUAGUCCUCCAACCCCUAGCCCUCCAUCAACCACCACAGCCACCACUCCACCAACGACCACUUCCAGCUCUCCAACCACCAGCCCUCCAUCAUCCACCACAACCACCACUCCACCAACCACCACUUCCAGCUCUCCAACCCCCAGCCCUCCAUCCACCACCACAGCCACCACUCCACCAACCACCACUUCCAGCUCUCCAACCACCAGCCCUCCAUCAACCACCACAGCCACCACUCCACCAACCACCACUUCCAGCUCUCCAACCACCAGCCCUCCAUCCACCACAGCCACCACUCCACCAACCACCACUUCCAGCUCUCCAACCACCAGCCCUCCAUCAUCCACCACAACCACCACUCCACCAACCACCACUUCCAGCUCUCCAACCCCCAGCCCUCCAUCUACCACCACAGCCACCACUCCACCAACGACCACUUCCAGCUCUCCAACCACCAGCCCUCCAUCAUCCACCACAACCACCACUCCACCAACCACCACUUCCAGCUCUCCAACCCCCAGCCCUCCAUCCACCACCACAACCACCUCUCCACCAACCACCACUUCCAGCUCUCCAACCACCAGCCCUCCAUCCACCACAACCACCACUCCACCAACCACCACUUCCAGCUCUCCAACCACCAGCCCUCCAUCCACCACCACAGCCACCACUCCACCAACCACCAGUUCCAGCUCUCCAACCACCAGCCCUCCAUCCACCACAACCACCACUCCACCAACCACUACUUCCAGCUUUCCAACCCCCAGCCAUCCAUCAACCCCCACAGCCACCACUCCACCAACCACCACUUCCAGCUCUCCAACCACCAGCCCUCCAUCCACCACAACCAACACUCCACCAACCACCACUUCCAGCUCUCCAACCCCCAGCCCUCCAUCCACCACCACAACCACCACUCCACUAACCACCACUUCCAGCUCUCCAACCACCAGCCCUCCAUCAACCACCACAGCCACCACUCCACCAACCACCACUUCCAGCUCUCCAACCACCAGCCCUCCAUCAUCCACCACAACCACCACUCCACUAACCACAACCACCACCACCACUCUUAGUCCUCCAACCCCUAGCCCUCCAUCAACCACCACAGCCACCACUCCACCAACCACCACUUCCAGCUCUCCAACCCCCAGCCCUCCAUCCACCACCACAGCCACCACUCCACCAACCACCACUUCCAGCUCUCCAACCACCAGCCCUCCAUCCACCACAACCACCACUCCACAAACCACCACUUCCAGCUCUCCGACCACCAGCCCUCCAUCCACCACCACAGCCACCACUCCACCAACCACCACUUCCAGCUCUCCGACCACCAGCCCUCCAUCCACCACAACCACCACUCCACCAACCACCACUUCCAGCUCUCCAACCCCCAGCCCUCCAUCAACCACCACAGCCACCACUCCACCAACCACCACUUCCAGCUCUCCGACCCCCAGCCCUCCAUCCACCACCACAACCACCACUCCACCAACCACCACUUCCAGCUCUCCAACCACCAGCCCUCCAUCCACCACCACAGCCACCACUCCACCAACCACCACUUCCAGCUCUCCAACCACCAGCCCUCCAUCAUCCACCACAACCACCACUCCACCAACCACCACUACCAGCUCUCCAACCCCCAGCCCUCCAUCCACCACCACAGCCACCACUCCACCAACCACCACUUCCAGCUCUCCAACCACCAGCCCUCCAUCAUCCACCACAACCACCACUCCACCAACCACCACUUCCAGCUCUCCAACCCCCAGCCCUCCAUCCACCACCACAGCCACCACUCCACCAACCACCACUUCCAGCUCUCCAACCACCAGCCCUCCAUCAACCACCACAGCCACCACUCCACCAACCACCACUUCCAGCUCUCCAACCACCAGCCCUCCAUCCACCACCACAGCCACCACUCCACCAACCACCACUUCCAGCUCUCCAACCCCCAGCCCUCCAUCCACCACCACAACCACCACUCCACCAACGACCACUUCCAGCUCUCCAACCACCAGCCCUCCAUCCACCACCACAACCACCACUCCACCAACCACCACUUCCAGCUCUCCAACCACCAGCCCUCCAUCAUCCACCACAACCACCACUCCAAUAACCACAACCACCACCACCACUCUUAGUCCUCCAACCCCUAGCCCUCCAUCAACCACCACAGCCACCACUCCACCAACCACCACUUCCAGCUCUCCAACCACCAGCCCUCCAUCAACCACCACAGCCACCACUCCACCAACCACAACCACCACCACCACUCUUAGUCCUCCAACCCCCAGCCCUCCAUCCACCACCACAGCCACCACUCCACCAACCACCACUUCCAGCUCUCCAACCCCCAGCCCUCCAUCCACCACCACAGCCACCACUCCACCAACCACCACUUCCAGCUCUCCAACCCCCAGCCCUCCAUCCACCACCACAGCCACCACUCCACCAACCACCACUUCCAGCUCUCCAACCACCAGCCCUCCAUCAUCCACCACAACCACCACUCCACCAACCACCACUACCAGCUCUCCAACCCCCAGCCCUCCAUCCACCACCACAGCCACCACUCCACCAACCACCACUUCCAGCUCUCCAACCACCAGCCCUCCAUCAUCCACCACAACCACCACUCCACCAACCACCACUUCCAGCUCUCCAACCCCCAGCCCUCCAUCUACCACCACAGCCACCACUCCAUCAACGACCACUUCCAGCUCUCCAACCACCAGCCCUCCAUCAUCCACCACAACCACCACUCCACCAACCACCACUUCCAGCUCUCCAACCCCCAGCCCUCCAUCCACCACCACAACCACCUCUCCACCAACCACCACUUCCAGCUCUCCAACCACCAGCCCUCCAUCCACCACAACCACCACUCCACCAACCACCACUUCCAGCUCUCCAACCACCAGCCCUCCAUCCACCACCACAGCCACCACUCCACCAACCACCACUUCCAGCUCUCCAACCACCAGCCCUCCAUCCACCACAACCACCACUCCACCAACCACCACUUCCAGCUUUCCAACCCCCAGCCAUCCAUCAACCACCACAGCCACCACUCCACCAACCACCACUUCCAGCUCACCAACCACCAGCCCUCCAUCCACCACAACCAACACUCCACCAACCACCACUUCCAGCUCUCCAACCACCAGCCCUCCAUCAACCACCACAGCCACGACUCCACCAACCACCACUUCCAGCUCUCCAACCACCAGCCCUCCAUCCACCACCACAGCCACCACUCCACCAACCACCAGUUCCAGCUCUCCAACCACCAGCCCUCCAUCCACCACAACCACCACUCCACCAACCACCACUUCCAGCUUUCCAACCCCCAGCCAUCCAUCAACCACCACAGCCACCACUCCACCAACCACCACUUCCAGCUCACCAACCACCAGCCCUCCAUCCACCACAACCAGCACUCCACCAACCACCACUUCCAGCUCUCCAACCACCAGCCCUCCAUCAACCACCACAGCCACCACUCCACCAACCACCACUUCCAGCUCUCCAACCACCAGCCCUCCAUCCACCACCACAGCCACCACUCCACCAACCACCAGUUCCAGCUCUCCAACCACCAGCCCUCCAUCCACCACAACCACCACUCCACCAACCACCACUUCCAGCUUUCCAACCCCCAGCCAUCCAUCAACCACCACAGCCACCACUCCACCAACCACCACUUCCAGCUCUCCAACCACCAGCCCUCCAUCCACCACAACCAACACUCCACCAACCACCACUUCCAGCUCUCCAACCACCAGCCCUCCAUCAUCCACCACAACCACCACUCCAAUAACCACAACCACCACCACCACUCUUAGUCCUCCAACCCCUAGCCCUCCAUCAACCACCACAGCCACCACUCCACCAACCACCACUUCCAGCUCUCCAACCACCAGCCCUCCAUCAACCACCACAGCCACCACUCCACCAACCACAACCACCACCACCACUCUUAGUCCUCCAACCCCCAGCCCUCCAUCCACCACCACAGCCACCACUCCACCAACCACCACUUCCAGCUCUCCAACCCCCAGCCCUCCAUCCACCACCACAGCCACCACUCCACCAACCACCACUUCCGGCUCUCCAACCCCCAGCCCUCAAUCCACCACCACAGCCACCACUCCACUAACCGCCACUUCCAGCUCUCCAAACACCAGCCCUCCAUCCACCACCACAACCACCACUCCACCAACCACAACCACCACUGUUAGUCCUCCAACCCCCAGCCCUCCAUCCACCACCACAGCCACCACUCCACCAACCACCACUUCCAGCUCUCCAACCACCAGCCCUCCAUCAUCCACCACAACCACCACUCCACUAACCACAACCACCACCACCACUCUUAGUCCUCCAACUCCUAGCCCUCCAUCAACCACCAUAGCCACCACUCCACCAACCACCACUUCCAGCUCUCCAACCCCCAGCCCUCCAUCCACCACCACAGCCACCACUCCACCAACCACCACUUCCAGCUCUCCAACCACCAGCCCUCCAUCAUUCACCACAACCACCACUCCACCAACCACCACUUCCAGCUCUCCAACCCCCAGCCCUCCAUCCACCACCACAGCCACCACUCCACCAACCACCACUUCCAGCUCUCCAACCCCCAGCCCUCCAUCUACCACCACAGCCACCACUCCACCAACCACCACUUCCAGCUCUCCAACCCCCAGCCCUCCAUCAACCACCACAGCCACCACUCCACCAACCACCACUUCCAGCUCUCCAACCACCAGCCCUCCAUCAUCCACCACAGCCACCACUCCACCAACCACCACUUCCAGCUCUCCAACCCCCAGCCCUCCAUCCACCACCACAACCACCACUCCACCAACCACCACUUCCAGCUCUCCAACCCCCAGCCCUCCAUCCACCACCACAGCCACCUCUCCACCAACCACCACUUCCAGCUCUCCAACCACCAGCCCUCCAUCCACCACAGCCACCACUCCACCAACCACCACUUCCAGCUCUCCAACCACCAGCCCUCCAUCCACCACAACCACCACUCCACCAACCACCACUUCCAGCUCUUCGACCACCAGCCCUCCAUCUACCACCACAGCCACCACUCCACCAACCACCACUUCCAGCUCUCCCACCCCCAGCCCUCCAUCCACCACAACCACCACUCCACUAACCACCACUUCCAGCUCUCCGACCCCCAGCCCUCCAUCAUCCACCACAACCACCUCUCCACCAACCACUUCCAGCUCUCCGACCACCAGCCCUCCAUCAACCACCACAGCCACCACUCCACCAACCACCACUUCCAGCUCUCCCACCCCCAGCCCUCCAUCCACCACCACAGCCACCACUCCACCAACCACCACUUCCAGCUCUCCAACCCCCAGCCCUCCAUCCACCUCCACAGCCACCACUCCACCAACCACCACUUCCAGCUCUCCAACCACCAGCCCUCCAUCCACCACCACAACCACCACUCCACCAACCACCACUUCCAGCUCUCCAACCACCAGCCCUCCAUCAUCCACCACAGCCACCACUCCACCAACCACCACUUCCAGCUCUCCAACCCCCAGCCCUCCAUCCACCUCCACAGCCACCACUCCACCAACCACCACUUCCAGCUCUCCAACCACCAGCCCUCCAUCCACCACCACAACCACCACUCCACCAACCACCACUUCCAGCUCUCCAACCACCAGCCCUCCAUCCACCACCACAACCACCACUCCACCAACCACAACCACCACCACCACUCUUAGUCCUCCAACCCCUAGCCCUCCAUCAACCACCACAGCCACCACUCCACUAACCACCACUCCCAGCCCUCCAACCACUACAGAGACCACAACUACAACACCCACCACCACCACGACAGUGACCCCAACCCCAACACCCCCCACUUUAAGCACAGAGCCCCCCACCCCCACAGCCACAACCCCCACUGCUCAGUCAACCACAUUCAAACCCGCACCUGAGUCCUCAGCUCCUCAGACCUCUCGGUCCACCUCCUCCCCUCCCACGGAGUCAACCACCCUUCUGAGUACCCCACCUCCUGCCAUGAAGACGACCAGCACGGCCCCACCCUCCACACCCACAACACCCACGGCCACCACGACGGGAGGUCGCACGCCGUCCCCACUGCCCGGCACCACCACGGCCCCUCCAGGCACCCCCACACGAGGCACCACAACUGGGUCAUCUUCACCCACCACCCCCAGCACUGCACGGACAACCACCAGCGCCUGGACCCCCACGCCUACCCCAAUCUCCACAUCCAGCAUUAUCACGACCACAAGCCACAUGACCCACACCAUCAUCACGUGCUGUGUCCUGAACGACACCUACUAUUCAGCAGGUGAGCAGGUGUACAACGGCACACUCGGGGACACCUGCUAUUUCGUGAACUGCUCGCUGAGCUGCACCUUGGAGAUCUAUAAUUGGUCCUGCCCAUCCACGCCGUCCCCAACGCCCACGCCCUCCAAGCCGACACCCACGCCCUCCAAGCCCACGCCCACGCUCACGCCCUCCAAGCCCACUCCCAGCACCAAGCCCCCCGAGUGCCCAGACUUUGAUCCACCCAGGCAGGAGAAUGAGACUUGGUGGCUGUGUGACUGCCUCAUGGCCACCUGCAAGUACAACAACACCGUGGAGAUCACGGAGGUGAAGUGCGAGCCGCCGCCCAGGCCCACCUGCUCCAACGGCCUCACCCCCGUGCGCGUCAUGGAUGACAAUGGCUGCUGCUGGCACUGGGAGUGCGACUGCUACUGCACGGGCUGGGGGGACCCGCACUACACCACCUUCGACGGGCUGUACUACAGCUAUCAGGGGAACUGCACCUACGUGCUGGUGGAGGAGAUCAGCCCCACCGUGGACAACUUCGGGGUCUACAUUGACAACUACCACUGUGACGUCAACGACAGGGUGUCCUGCCCCCGCACCCUCAUCGUGCGCCACGAGACCCAGGAGGUGCUCAUCAAGACCGUGCAGAUGAUGCCCAUGCGGGUGCAGGUGCAGGUGAACGGUCAGGUGGUGGCGCUGCCCUACAAGAAGUAUGGGCUGGAGGUUUACCAGUCCGGCAUCAACUACGUGGUGGCCGUCCCCGAGCUGGGCGCCCUCGUCUCCUACAAUGGCCUGUCCUUCUCCAUCAGGCUACCCUACCACAAAUUCGGCAACAACACCAAGGGCCAGUGUGGCACCUGCACCAACUCCACCUCUGAUGACUGCAUUCUGCCCAGUGGGGAGAUCAUCUCCAACUGCGAGGCCACGGCCGACCAGUGGGUGGUGAACGACCCCUCCAAGCCACACUGUCCCCACAGCAUCUCCACCACCAAGCGCCCGGCCAUCACGGUGCCCGGGGGCAGCAAGACGACCCCACGCAAGGACUGCACCCCAUCUCCCCUCUGCCAGCUCAUCAAGGACAGCCUGUUUGCCGAGUGCCAUGCGCUGGUGCCGCCCCAGCACUACUACGAAGCCUGCGUGUUCGACAGCUGCUUCGUGCCCGGCUCGCGCCUGGAGUGCGCCAGUCUGCAGGCCUAUGCAGCCCUCUGUGCCCAGGAGGGCGUCUGCCUCGACUGGCGGAACCACACGCACGGGGCCUGCCUGGUGGAGUGCCCAUCUCACAGGGAGUACCAGGCCUGUGGCCCUGCGGAAGAGCCCACCUGCAAGUCCAGCUCCUCCCAGCAGAACAACACGGUCCCAGUGGAAGGCUGCUUCUGUCCUGACGGCACCAUGAACUAUGCUCCUGGCUAUGACGUCUGUGUGAAGACCUGCGGCUGCGUGGGACCCGACAAUGUGCCCAGAGAGUUUGGGGAGCACUUUGAGUUCGACUGCAAGGACUGUGUCUGCCUGGAGGGUGGAAGUGGCAUCAUCUGCCAGCCCAAGAGGUGCAGCCAGAAGCCUGUUACCCACUGUGUGGAGGAUGGCACCUACCUGGUCACGGAGGUCAACCCUGAUGACACCUGCUGUAACAUCAGCAUCUGCAAGUGCAACACCAGCCUGUGCAAAGAGGAGCCCCCCCUGUGCCCACUGGGAUUUGAACUGAGGAGCAAGAUGGUGCCGGGGAGGUGCUGUCCCUUCUACUGGUGUGAGUCCAAGGGGGUGUGUGUUCACGAGAAUGCUGAGUAUCAGCCCGGUUCUCCAGUGUAUUCCUCAAAGUGCCAGGACUGCGUCUGCACCCACAAAGUGGACAACAGCACCCUGCUCAACACCAUUGCCUGCACCCACGUGCCCUGCAACAACUCCUGCAGCCCCGGCUUCGAGCUGGUGGAGGCCCCCGGAGAGUGCUGUAAGAAGUGUGAGCAGACACACUGCAUCAUCAAGCGCCCCAACAACCAGCACAUCAUCCUGAAGCCUGGGGACUUUAAGAGCGACCCCAAGAACAACUGCACGUUCUUCAGCUGCGUGAAGAUCCACAACCAGCUAAUCUCGUCCGUCUCCAACAUCACCUGCCCCGACUUCGACCCCGCCAUUUGCGUCCCGGGCUCCAUCACAUUCAUGCCCAAUGGAUGCUGCAAGACUUGCAUCCCUCGAAAUGAGACCAGGGUGCCCUGCUCCACCGUCCCCGUCACCAGGGAGAUUUCACAUGCCGGCUGCAGCAAGAGUGUCAUCAUGAAUCACUGCUCCGGGUCCUGUGGGACAUUCGUCAUGUACUCCGCUGAGGCGCAGGCCCUGGAGCACACGUGCUCCUGUUGCAAAGAGGAGAAGACCAGCCAGCGGGAGGUGGUCCUGAACUGCCCCCACGGGGGCUCGCUGACGCACACCUACACCCACAUCGAAAGCUGCCAGUGCCAGGACACCGCCUGCGAGCUCCCCGCCAGCACCUCCCGCCGGGCCCGCCGCUCCAUCAGGCGUUUGGGGAGCCCGUGAGCGGCGUGGGCACAGCCCGGCUCCGCCUUCCGCAGCUUUGCCUCCCCUGAGAGGCCUCCUAAGCAAUAAAUACCCUUGCUUCAGA